AUGAAGGCAUACUACGCUUUCGUCAUCCUGAACUUUUGGGCUCAAGUCAGCUCCCAGUGCCUGUCGGAGGACGAUGACCUGCCCCCUACGCCUCGCCCGACUCUCAGCCAGGUCACGCCCUUCAGUCUCGGCCUGUUCAGAGAGGUUCUCCCUCCGUCGGGGAACUUCCUCUUCUCGCCCUUCAGCGUCUGGAGCGCCCUCGUCCUCGCCUACUUCGGCUCCCGAGGCGACACGAAGACCCAGAUGGAGCGCGUCCUCCGACUUACCACCAAGGAAGACACACUCGCCCUCUACAGAGCUCUGACGCAGAUUAGCGAAUCACCAGAGAAUUACACGAUGGACUUAGCCAACAGAAUAUACGUUGACAAUGCUUUGCCUCUCUAUGAAUGCGUGGCGCGAGUUCUCCCUGACGAAGUGAAAAACGUAGAUUUUAGCCAGGCAGACCUCGCUGCUGCAGAAAUCAACCAGUUCGUCAACAGCAGAACCAAAGGCAACAUCCCGCAUCUGGUGGAACCGCUGGACGUGUCUCUGGCUCGUGUGGUGUUUGUCAAUGCUGUCUAUUUCAAGGGCCUUUGGGAGCAUCAGUUUUCGCCGAGAGACACCACUCGGGAAAGGUUUGAUAUGUCUCCAGGACGGCAUUCAUCCGUCGACAUGAUGGUCCGGACGGAGAUGUAUGGUUUCGGCGUCUCGGAGGAGCUGGACGCCGACGUGGUGGAGCUGCCGUACCGCGGAGGCGCCGCGUCGCUGUUCGUGCUCCUCCCGCGGGACAGACGGACCGGAGACGAGCUCGACCGGAUGCUCCAGCGCCUCACCCCCGCCGCCCUCGCCUCCGCCGUCGGGAACUUGACUCCUACUAAAAUUCAGCUGAAGUUCCCUAAGUACAAGCUUGAGAGUAGUCUUCGAAACGAACUCAUACAGGCUCUGACUCGCCUCGGUCUCCGCGACCUGUUCUCCCCGGCGGCCAACCUAACGACCUUCUCUCCUGUCGGGGGUCUGAGGAUUACCAACGGCGUCCAUAAGGCGGUGAUGGAAGUGGACGAGGCAGGCGCUGAAGCCUCGGCAGGAACGGCGCUUGUGGCCAGGCAGCUGACUUUCGUCUGUAAUCGGCCCUUCCUCUUCUUCAUUCACGAUAAGAUGAUAGAUAACAUCCUCUUCGUGGGAGUUUUCAGAGAACCGCAAACCUGAAGUGGAAAUGUUUCUUAUAAUGUAGCUCAGAGGAUGUUAGAUAUUGGAUGCGGAAAGGUAACAACAGAUGAACAUCAUUAAAUGAUGUUUUUUUCCCACUCUUGCGUAUUGUAAAAAAUCGCUGAAUCAUUGUUAAUAUUUCUAGCGUUAUAUAUCUACAUUUUUUAUGGCAAAGAAUGUAAAGAAUAU